AGUGCUUUUCCAGGGUUCGGGCCGGAGAGAGGCCUUGCGGACCCAGCCGCUGACGCUCCGUCGGCUCCGAAUAGGGGCUCCAGCCCGGGUCCGAGCGAGGAGGUCCGCGCCCGCCUACCCGCAGCCUGCGCCCUCCCAGCGUCCGGCCUGACGGACUCCCAGUGGCAGAAGUGAGUUGGAUGAUUGCCCUCAGAAGUCCAGGGAUGGUGGCCCAAAGUGUGUCUGCUAUAAAUUGAAAAGGCCUUGCUUCCUAAAUGGCCAUUAAGAAGUAGAUGUCCAGAUGCAAAGGGUUUUGAAACAGUCCAUUUGUCGUAAAGUAAGAUGCAGCUGUGGCUUUUCAACCAGAUUAGAACAAAAUUAUAUCUUUUUCUCAGAAGAGAAUUCCACAAGGUUAACUCAGCAAAUAAAGAAAACAUGGUAUUUUGAAAUAUGAUUAAACUCCUGAUGCAGCAGCAGAGGCUAAGAAUAUUAAUGGCUCUAUGUAGUGCUCACAUGGUCUUCUAAAGAAGCCAUGGGUAGCUGUUGCAGCUGUCCAGAUAAAGACACUGUCCCAGAUAACCAUCGGAACAAGUUUAAGGUCAUUAAUGUGGAUGACGAUGGGAAUGAGUUAGGUUCCGGCAUAAUGGAGCUUACAGACACAGAACUGAUUUUAUAUACUCGCAAACGUGACUCAGUAAAAUGGCACUACCUCUGCCUGCGGCGCUAUGGCUAUGACUCAAACCUCUUCUCUUUUGAAAGUGGUCGAAGGUGUCAAACUGGACAAGGAAUCUUUGCCUUUAAAUGUGCCCGUGCAGAAGAAUUAUUUAACAUGUUGCAGGAGAUUAUGCAAAACAAUAGUAUAAAUGUAGUGGAAGAGCCAGUGGUAGAAAGAAAUAAUCAUCAGACAGAAUUAGAGGUCCCCAGAACACCUCGAACACCUACAACUCCAGGAUUUGCUGGUCAGAGCUUACCUAAUGGAUAUCCCCGAUACCCCUCAUUUGGAGAUGCUUCAUCUCAUCCUUCAAGCAGACAUCCUUCCGUGGGAAGUGCUCGCUUACCUUCAGUUGGUGAAGAAUCUACACAUCCUUUGCUUGUGGCUGAGGAACAAAUACAUACCUAUGUCAACACUACAGGUGUACAAGAAGAGCAGAAAAACCGCGCAGGUGCGCAUGUCCCAUUGGAGGCAAGGGUUUCAAAUGCUGAGAGCAACACACCAAAAGAAGAACCAAGUAGUAUUGAAGACAGAGACCCUCAGAUUCUUCUUGAACCCGAAGGAGUCAAAUUUGUUUUAGGACCAACUCCUGUUCAGAAGCAAUUAAUGGAAAAAGAGAAACUGGAGCAACUUGGAAGAGACCAAGUUAGUGGAAGUGGUGCAAAUAACACAGAAUGGGACACUGGCUAUGACAGUGAUGAACGCAGAGAUGCACCUUCGGUUAACAAACUGGUAUAUGAAAAUAUAAAUGGGCUAUCUAUCCCUAGUGCCUCAGGGGUCAGGAGAGGUCGUCUGACAUCCACUAGUACCUCAGAUACCCAGAAUAUCAACAACUCAGCUCAGAGAAGAACUGCGUUAUUAAACUAUGAAAAUUUACCAUCUUUGCCUCCUGUUUGGGAAGCCCGCAAGCUGAGUAAGGAUGAAGAUGACAAUUUAGGACCAAAGACUCCAUCUCUAAAUGGCUACCAUAAUAAUCUAGAUCCAAUGCAUAACUAUGUAAAUACAGAGAAUGUAACAGUGCCGGCAAGUGCUCACAAAAUAGAAUAUUCAAGGCGUCGGGACUGUACACCAACAGUCUUUAACUUUGAUAUCAGACGCCCGAGUUUAGAACACAGGCAACUCAAUUAUAUACAGGUUGACUUGGAAGGUGGCAGUGACUCUGACAAUCCUCAGACUCCAAAAACACCUACCACUCCCCUGCCACAAACCCCUACAAGGCGCACAGAGCUGUAUGCUGUGAUAGACAUCGAGAGAACUGCUGCUAUGUCCAAUUUGCAGAAAGCACUGCCACGAGAUGAUGGUACAUCUAGGAAAACUAGACAUAAUAGUACUGAUCUGCCCAUGUGAGCCUGGAAAGCAUUAUGUUGUUUGCACCUUUGUGAAGUUUUUAAAAAUGAAGAUGCAAAUGCUUCAUUUUCAUUUCUACACUAACUCCUUUUAUAAACUGAUAAAAAAAAUUUUUUCUGAGUAUUUCAUGUGCAUCUUUAACUAAAGGGAAUUAUUGUAGAGCAGGUACUCCUUAACACUAAUUUCAUUAUAUACUAUUCAUUAUUGUACAGCAGCAUUCCCAUUUUCACAGUGCCUAUUUAAAAUGAGAGUUGAAGUGAAAGACAUACUGGUUGAUUUUUAUUCAAUAUUUUGGACUUAUGCAUAUCUUUCAUGUCUGAGUCACAGUUGGCAUUUAAAACUUUUUAUAAAGCCUCUUGGUAAUGUGCAUUGGUAACAGAUAACUCUAGGCUUUGAAAGUAAUAUUUGUAGAUCAGUGUUCACAGUAUGUGGCCUCCAGCAUGUAACAUGAGGAAUCAUUUAUUUCAUUAAUUAAAGGCUUUUGACUUGAGCCAAAACAUGUGUAAAGGAAAUGGAAGUACCACACCUCCUUGUAUACCAGUCAGCUCUUUUGCCUUCAGUGUUACUAGAAAGAAUCGUAUGUUGUGAAUAUAGUUUGCUGUUGGUGUGUUGAAAGGUAGGCAGGAGACAAGAUUUUCUGUUUACUCAUCUCAUGAUGUUAUUUGAAGGGUAUGUCCAGAUGUCUUACUCUGAAUUACAGUAGGCUUAAGGAUCAGUCUCAGGUCACUUUACCCAAAAACAUUUGAAAAACUGAACCAUGAUCUCUUGAAGUUUCUGUCCUAUAGAUUAUUGACAAGGCAUUGUUUUCUGCAGGCAUUUUUGGUGUUUGGUUCCCAUUUACCUUCGGUUUUUAUUUUGGUGUUUGGGAUAACUUACUGUGUUGCUUAAUGUCUUUUUCAAUUUAAAAUGUUUGAGUUUGUAUAUAGUUUUGAAAUUGGAUUAUGUGUUCACUGUUACUUAGUUUGCAUUUUUGUCAAAUUGUAGUUUUGAAGGUUCAUUUGGAACUUGCUGUUAUUCUAUAACAGGGUUGCCCUUGUCCAGUAUUUAUUUAUAUGCUGUUUACUUUUCAAGUUGAUAAAAACAUUCUUUUGAUUUUAAAUUUCACUUGUGUCCAUAGAUGAUCUCUUUAGCAGUUGAGGAAAAAAAAAAAGGAAGGUCCUUUUAACAUGCAAAGUUCCCUAAAGGUACUGUGUGUUCUCUAUGGGCACUCUCCCCAGCACUUUAGCAGGGAUUUUCUUCAGCUACACGGCUACAGUUGUACUCUGACCAUUCUAGUGUUCCUCAGCUCUGCUGUCCUUUCACUUGUAGCUGGAUCUUGAUUAUCCCUUGAUUUCAUUGGAAUGUUAAUAUUGUUGCCAGCAUAGCAGGUAAAGUGGAAGUCUUGUAGUAAUGAGAUUGUGUCAUAAUUUAGGAUUUAAAAUGAACUGAAGUUUCUAUAAAUUGAUGAGUCCCGAUGUCAAAACUCUUAGAAAAUCAAGAAUAUUCCAAAUUCCCAAACACUAGAGAAUACAAGAAGAUAGAGUGAAAAGGUUAGGUAACUUUAUAAAAUAGUGCUGUUUCUCUAAAAACAAGGAAGUUGGAAGUUAUGAUCUGGAUCUAUCAAAUGUUUCUAAAGCUAAUUUAGCAUGAAAAAGUUUCAGUCUUAUACAGUUUAUUCAAUAAAUAACCUAAUUAUAGGACAAUGAAUGCAUUAGCAGAACAAUAGAGUGGGACCAUUAAAAAAAACUAAUUACAGGUGUCUUUAUCAUUUUCAGUGCUAUUGGUUUAUUAGCAUAGCAAAAUUUUCUACUUUUCCUUUUCCCCGCUCUGUGAACUUGGUGCUUACUAAAAUGCUCACUGUUCUCUUAAAAAGAGCAGUAGUAUAGAUGUGCAGUUUCCCUAAUACAAUUUCUAUUUUAAAUGUAUUGUUCCAUUUAUCUUUCUUUUAAGUAGUUUGCUAAUUGUGCCAAAUUUAUGUAGUGAUUAUUGUAAUGUGGAAUAGGAAUUAGGAUGCAACCAAUGCAAAUGGUUUUCUUUGAAACAAGCAGUCACAGCAGAACACUAAUCUCCAAAUGAAAGGGCUGAUACAUUUAUUUGUUUUGGAGGUUGGAUAUGUUUUUCCCCUCACCCUUUUCACUUCCAGAUUCUAAUUAGUUUUUAUAUUUUUUUAGGUAAUUCUAAUAUAAUCAGUAAGUUUAUGCUUUAAAUACUGUGUGCUUUAAGAAUGAAAAUGGGACCAAUUUGUCUGCUAAGAAUUUGAUUUUAGGGUACUAUAAGAGUAUUAGGAAGAGAUAUUCAGCUGGUGUUUAUUCUAGUUGUCUUCUGGGUGUCAUCUGUACUCCUAUUUUAAAAAAUAAUUUAGAAUACUACUUGCCCUUUGCAGUACUCUAGUAAUGGGCAUUAAGCUGUCUUGGAAAGAGUGUACCUAUUACUAGGUGCAUUUUAGCAUGAGAUAUUUUAUUGACAUAUAAAUAUGGCCAUAUGUCUCAGAUUUUCUGAGGUGAACCUAAUUCUAGGUGCCCAUUUUUGUUGAUAGAUCAUGUGAUCCCAUUAUUUGGGUUUGCCCCACCCCCCAAAUAGAAGCCUCUUUUAUCCAUAUAGAUCAUAACAGCAUUUAUCCCAGAUCAAGGUUAGAAGCUGAUGUGGGUAUUACCUGUGUUUUUCUUAGUGUGUUUCAUUUCCCUGUUUCAUCUUUUUUAAAGAAAUGAAAAUAAUGGUGCCUUCCCUCCCUCCAGAAGAUUGGCAAAUAGUUCCUUUUAUUUACUGCUGCUGUGGAGUGAUGAGAUAUGCACUUUACUCUUGAAGACUCAGUAAAAAAGCUUUUCAUUCCCAGUAUAUCCACAAUAGAUCACAUUUGGGACUUAAGAAAAUUUGCCAAGCAAUCUUUGUUUUUAUAGAUAUUAAUGUUGACCCUCAUUUCAAUGUUGUGAAAAUAAGUCAAACUGGUGUUUAUCCUCCCCCUCAUCUGUGGCACAGCAUAUAAAAAUGUACCUCAAUAUUGUUCUAUUAAAAAUGGGACAGGGGCCUUACGUUUUCAUAAUUUCCCAACAAUGUGCCACCCUGUGUUUGCCUCAAGGGAAAAGUUUUAGCUAGCUAAAAAGUACUUCCCAAAUCCCCUGUGCUGUUCCUAACCCAUAAUGCCCAAGUGUUUUGUGCAAUGCGUAGUAUGUAUGUAUACACACACACACACACACACACACAUAUAUAUUCUUGAAACAGACAUACCAUCAGAGACAUCGUUCAGAAGUAACUGAUAUAUUGGCAUCUCAUUCAUAUUUCUGAUAUAUGAGGUAUAUGGUACUAAUUACCUUUUCCUUGAUGUUUGCCAAAUUUGAAUAAAAGCAUUGGUACGAAAUUACAGAAUGUAUAGAAAAUGUUUUUGGCUUGAAAAGUUAAUGAUAUUUUAUGACAUAACACAAUGUAUUCUGCACAAACCAGCAUCAUGUCUUUUCUUGUUCUUUACAUCUCAAUUCCCCAUUUCUACUUCCUCUUUUUUUUUUGAUAUAACAGUUCUUUUGUAGCAUCAUUACAGUUACAAUUCUAUGACAAUUGGACAGUUAUAGCAUGGAAACAGACUGAUAGUAAUAGUACAGUAGUCACCAGUGUGCCACAUUUGCAUUAGUAAAUGCAAAAUACACAUUUUAUAAAGGACAAACUGCUAUGUUUUUAUUUUCAUUACAUUGUAUAAUACUGUAAGAUUAUUGUAUGUCCUAAUUUGCAUUAUAAAUGUUUUUUUCCUACAUAAAGGCAUAAAUAUAGCAACUUUGUAUAAAGGUAGCUUAUUAGAUUUUUAAUUUUUUCUUUUAUAAAAAUUGUCUAACAGUGGGACUACCAUUGCCAAAUUGUAUAUGAAAUAUGAAUCUUACCCCUAUGGCUAAUUUCUUUUAUAAACAUUCCGUAUUUCUCUAAUAAAAGACAUAAGUGAUACUGUACUAUGCAUAAAUUGUAUUUCAAUGCUGUUUCAUAUCAGCAUUUUACAUUUUGGUUUGCAUUUUUGAUAUUGGCAAAACUUAACCACUGUUAAUUAAAAUAAAACCUUGUAUAUGUAACAUCAUCAUUUACCCUCCAUCCCUUCCCACUGUUUGUUCUCUAUUUCUCCCUAUCAGUGCCAACUUCAUACAUUUUGUAGCAUGGCAAUAAAAUAUAACUUUUACAUUGAGGCCAAGUGUGGCUUUUUGGAGGAAGUGGAGAUGGGAGGAUUGCCCUCUAAUUGUCCUUUGCAUAUAAUUCUUUUUGCCAUAUGAGCCAUGUCAUCAGGCAUGAGAGUUAUAAAUGAUGUAAAAUGCUUUUAAGGACAAGUGUGUGCUUUUAAGCUUUUUGUCAUAACAAAUAACUAAUUUUUUAUCUUUGGAAAACUCAGAGUUCUUGAAAUACAAUCAAACCUUUAUUAACUGGAGUAAAGAAUAAGCUAAUUAAUAAUUUGUUCAAUAAGGGCUAAGCGACACAUUUUUAAAAUCUUUAUUUAUUGUAGAGUAUAUUAGUAUACUUUACUGUCCUAAAAGUUGUAAUAUGGAAAAUACAGCUUAAUCUUAGAUCAUGUAGCAUCUUGCAAUGCCUUACUGUUGUUAUUCUGGCAUAAAUAUUCAUGAUGAGGUACUCAAGUUGAUACUGGAAGCUGAGCUGACUAUACACUGACCUUAAGCAUUCAUGAAAAACUGCUUUGUUGAAUAAAAUCUGAUCAGAGUU